AAUUAAAAUGAAUUAUUCAUAAGUUUAUACAAUAUUUAUGAUAAUUUAUCAUUAUAUAUCCAUUCUCUUUUACCCUACUUCAGAUAAUUUGUAAUGAUUUAACAUACUAUAAUUAUUUAAUUGCUAUUAUACUUAAUUUAUUUAUUUUAGCUCUAUUUACAUAAUUAAAAAAUAAGUAUGAAUUAAUUUGUAUGGUCCGCCCGCCGAGAUCGGACAGGGUCCGCUCGCCGUGAUGAGAUCUGGCAACGACGGUGGUGGUGUGGCGACGACGGUGGUGGUCUGCUGGUGGUGAUUGCAUAUUUGUGUUAUAAAAAAUAAACAAGCAGUAAAAAUGACAUUUUUACUAAAAUGAUGAACGGCAAAUAGUAAAUAUUGGGAGGUAAAUAAGAGCAUCUCCAUUGGUGCAAUUGCAUUUGCAAUUGCAUUUGUGAUUUUUUGACACAACACAAUUUUUGCAAGCCAACUCACUUUACUUUCACUGUACCUACAUUGGUGCAAUUAACUUGCAAUUGCAUAUGAGGCCUAAAUUUUUUUAAUGCAUUAAAAAAAAAUUAAAUACCUAUUUAUCCACAUUGCAAGUAAAUAAAAUAAUAAUUUUGAUAUUUGUAGAUAUGAAAUUAAAGUAAUAAAAAUUUAAUUUUACAUUUAUAUUAUUAUUUAUAUUUUAUUAUAAUUAAUAAAAUUAGUAUAUGAUGCUAUUUACUCCCAUUGAUACAAAAAUUAAAAUAAUACUAAUUUAACACAUGGUCCAUGGAAAUUAUACAAAAAAAUUCCAAUAAGAAUUAAAUCUAUGGCACAUGCAGCCAAAAGUGGUCAUUGAAAUCAAAACAAGAAGAAAAAAUUAUAGCACAAAUUCCACCGUGGCUUGCAAUCCCACUUUCACUAGAUGAAAGUUUCCAUUUUUGCAAUUGCCACUCAUAUGGGUGCAAUGGGCAAAUGAAAUUGCAAAUUUGGGCCACGUAGGAAUGAAAGUGGGGAGAGUCAAACCGAUGAAGAUGCUCUAACACGCCUCUUCUUGUAACCCCCAACUUACCUUUACUGUAGUCAAAUAUUCUUUAUUAUUGUUCUGUUCUUGCUUGGUCAAAUCUCCCUUUUUUUGUUCUUCUGCUGCUCCUCCUCCUCCCCAGGUCUUCAGUUUUUUUUAACUUUUCCUUGUGCAAAAGCAGCAACGACACCGGAGACCCGUAUACCAGAGCUGAAAAGGGAAUAAAUGGCAAGGCGGCCGGACGAGGAAUACGAUUACCUCUUCAAAGUUGUCCUAAUCGGGGAUUCCGGCGUCGGCAAAUCCAACCUUCUCUCCCGCUUCACUCGCAACGAGUUCUGCUUGGAGUCCAAGUCCACCAUUGGCGUCGAAUUCGCCACUCGCACACUCCAAGUGGAGGGAAGGGUGGUGAAAGCGCAGAUAUGGGACACAGCAGGGCAGGAAAGGUACAGAGCCAUAACCAGUGCCUACUACAGGGGUGCCCUCGGAGCUCUACUUGUAUAUGAUGUCACGAAACCAACCACGUUUGAAAAUGUCAGCCGGUGGCUCAAGGAGUUGAGGGACCACGCAGAUGCCAACAUCGUGAUCAUGCUUAUCGGGAACAAGACAGAUCUCAAGCACCUGAGAGCAGUUGCGGCCGAGGAUGCACAAGGCUAUUCAGAGAAAGAAGGAUUGUCUUUCAUCGAGACAUCUGCUCUUGAGGCAGUGAAUGUGGAGAAGGCUUUCCAGACGAUACUGUCGGAGAUCUACCGUAUCAUAAGCAAGAAGUCACUGUCGUCGGAGGAAGGGGCAGCGCCAGUUAGUGUGAAGGAAGGGAAGACAAUUGAUGUGGGAGGAGGAUCUGAAGGGAACACAAAGAAAUCUUGUUGCAGUACUUCCUAGACAGAUUUGAUUUCAUUUUGUUCGCAGUGAUUUUGCUUUCCUUGGAAUUCUUUUGUUACCAGCUCCCCUUUGAAGUUGGUUUUCCUGAGGAUUGAUUUCCUCUCUGUGCCUUGUUGAAACUUGAAACUGUAGUGUUUUUGCCUAAUCCCCUUCUGAUCUUUUGGGUCAAUAUAGCCUUAUUGUUUUG